AUGUUUAAUGAGUAUUUCGUUCAAAUUAACUUAUACGGAAUGUGCGGCCGAAUGGGAAAGUUGAAGGAUAUCGACAAAUUUGAUGGACUUUUCUUUGGCAUCUUUAGUACAAUGGGUGAUAGUAUUGACCCUCAAUCGAGAAUACUAUUGGAGACUACUUAUGAGGCUAUAGUUGACGCCGGUAUAAACCCGCAGUCACUCCGCGGUUCAGAUACCGGUGUAUACAUCGGGUACUCGUCGUUCGGAAUGCCUGACGGCAUACCAGAGGAAGUACAGCCCGACUCGCAGAGUAAUAUGACGGACACAUUGCUAUGGAUUCAGGGCAGCAAUAAGUGUCUGUACGCUAACCGCGUUUCAUUCGUAUUUGACUUCAAGGGGCCGUCAGUUUUCAUCGAUACGGCCUGUUCUUCCAGUUUAGUCGCCUUCAAUGUAGCGCUUAAUGACUUGCGAUUAGGCAAAUGCCGACAGGCGAUAGUCGGCGGAACCUCUAUCAACCUCCAGCCGUUCACUAAUAACGUGUUUCAGGCGACACAUCUUAACUGCAGGGAUGGCGUGCCUAAGGUAUGGGACGAUAAGGCCGACGGCUUUGCCAGAGGCGAGUGUGUGGCCAGUAUUUUCCUGCAGAGGGCGUCCGACUCUAAGCGCAUAUACGCCACUGUCCUUAACUCCGGCGUCAAUAUCGACGGAAACAAAAGGAUGGGUAUGUUCUUCCCCUCGUCCACCACUCAGGAGGAGCUCAUGGUUAAGGUGUAUGAAGAGGCAAACAUAGACCCCUUGAAAGUGGGCGACCCCCAGGAGGCCAAGGCUAUAUUCAACGCCUAUUGCGGCAAACCUGGACGCGAAGGUGUCCUACCUGUGGGCCUAUUGAAGAGCAACAUCGGUCACGCGGAGGGCGCCUCCGGUGUCUCAUCCGUGGCUAAAGUGUUGAUCGCAUACGAGAGGGAAUGCAUCCCUUCUUGUCUACACUUAAACAACAUUAAAGGCAAUAUCAGAGAGUAUUGUCCGCCACUGUUGCCCAUCAAUGAUAACUAUCCCUAUACUCCGGGUAUCGCUGGUGUGAAUAACUUUGGAGUGGGAGGUGUGAACGCACACGUAUUACUUGAACCAAAUUAUAAGACAAAAAGUGAUAAUAUGAACCGGAUCGCCGAAGGUGUUCCCCGACUCAUCAAUAUAUGCACCCGAACUGAGGAGGGCUUCAACCAAUUCAGCCGAUAUAUUGAGGAAAAUCCUGACAAAAUUACUAAUGAUUUCUUAGCCUUAUUGGCCGAUACUAUGAAAAGUAAGCCCUCACUCAACUCAACUGGAUUUCCAUACAGAGGUCACGUUAUGAUCAAAGAAACUGUUGGCGAUAAUGGAGAGGUACAGAGACAGUACACCAAACACUACUCAACCUUUACUGCAAAGACUGUACGUCCCAUUUGGUUCCUAUUCCCUGGUUUGGGAGGACAAUGGACUGGAAUGGCAAAGGCUUUGAUGCCGAUUAAGAUAUUCGCCGAUAAGAUUGAGGAAUGUCAUGAAGUACUCAAGCCUUUUGGCAUAGACUUAAAGAAUAUUCUGUUAUCUGAUGACAAAAACUCGAUGUCAAACAUGACUAACAAAUUCUGUGCCACAACUGCUAUAGAGAUAGCAUUAACUGAUGUUAUCUCAGCACUCGGCGUAACACCCGACGGUAUUGUCGGUCAUUCCUUCGGUGAAAUAGCUGCUGCUUAUGCCGACGGAUGUCUUAACACCAGAGAAGCACUUUUGGUGACCUAUUAUAGAGGACUUGUGACCGAAAGCGAUAAGAAAAUACCGAAAGGACUGAUGGCUGUCGUCGGUCUGUCCUGGAAUGAGGCGAAGAAGUUGUGUCCGAAGGGGACGAGUCCUGUCUGUAACAACGGAAAGGAUACAGUAGUUGUUUCCGGCUUAUACAAUGAGACCAAACAAAUGGUUGAAGACUUGACCAAAAAGGGAAUAUUCGUUCGCGAACUCCAAAGUCAUGACAUCCCAUAUCACAGCGAAUAUCUCAUUACUUCUGCCAAACGAUUGACAGAUGAGCUCAAGAAAGUGGUUCUCAAACCCAAAACCCGAUCCAAAAAGUGGGUUUCGACGGCUAUUAUUGAUUCAGAUCCGGACGAUGUACUCAAGACUGCUUCGGCCGAGUAUUUCGUGCAUAACCUCAUUAGUCCCGUCUAUUUCUAUAAUAAAGUCAAAUAUCUGCCAAUGGAUGCCAUUAUUAUAGAGAUCGGACCGCACGGACUCUUUUCAAAGAUAAUCUCGCAAACCCUCGAUGCGGCCAAUUAUAUCUCAUUCAUUAAGAAGGACUCAAACGAGACAAAUAUGGAUAUGCUUUUGUCGGGCAUUGCCAAACUCUAUGAGUUGGGUCUCAAUCCCAAUAUAGAGAAACUCUACCCCAAAGUGGAGUUCCCAGUGGUGAGAGGCACUCAAUCCAUUGCAUCCCUGAUGAAGUGGGAUCACGUGGAAAACUAUUUCGUCCGAAAAUGGCCCGAUUUCUACUUCAAAGGCACCUCAUCUGAAAUGACUGAAAACAUUAAUCUCAAGCGAGAGAUCAAAUCCUUUUUGCCCGACCAUUGCAUUGACGGCAACUGCCUGUUCCCGGCCACUGGCUAUUUGAUGUGCGCCUGGAGACAGAUGGCAGCCUUUAAGGGCAGGCUUUGGAAUCAAAUACCGGUGAUCUUCGAAGACGUUCAGUUCCGAAGACCCGUUUUUGUAUCCCAAGAGGAGCCCACAAAACUGAAAGUCAGAUAUAUGGACCAAACGGGUGAUUUCGUGAUCCUGGAGAAUGGUAACCCCACGUGUGUGGGCAAAAUCCGUUGUCCCGAUGAAUACACACUGAGUGUUCAAAACCUCAUCCAAGACGCGCCCAAAGAGGGAGAAGCGUUUGAGGCGGAGAUCGAGACGAAAGACAUCUAUAAAGACCUGCGAGUCGUUGGCUAUGAUUACGGCCCCAAAUUCCAGGGCCUCCGCAAAAUCAAGACCAAUGACUUCGAGACACUCCACGGAGAGGUUGAAUGGGACGGCAAUUGGAUCCCAUUCAUGGACUCCCUCUUGCAGACAAUGGCCGCCGGAAUGCCAUUCAGGAAAAUGAUGGUUCCGGUGAUGAUCAAGCAGUUAAGGUGUGACCCCAAAGUGCUGUACGAAGCGGUGGUCGCCGGUAAGGUAGACACCAAACCUCAGGCCCAGUUGGACGAGGAGGCGACUAUGGAUCACCUCAUGCAAGACGACGGCGACAAAGAGAAUGUCGAGACUGUGGACAAGGAUUUCAGUACAAUCUUAGACCAGAAUAAUGUGGACACCGUCGAGGAGCUCAUUGGACAGGACUUCCAUAUUUACAAAUCAAUGGUUCCAUUCUAUGUGGACAUGAGCUCCCGGAUGAUUGUGGCGCCGGGUAUAGAGGUGGAGGACCUGAUGGCUCUGCCCAUCCCUCGCAAAGUGAAUGCUCAGGAUCUCAAACUCGAAUCGUAUGAAUACAUUACUAACGAAGACUAUAACGCUAUCGAAGAAAGUGAUAAAAAGAAAGUUAUGGAGUAUUUGAAGGUCUGUUCAACGGUAGCCAACAAAAUCAAGAAUAACUUCGAUUCAGACAGAAGUGAAUCCAAGAAUUUUGAAAUAAACGACGAUUUGAUUCACGAAUACAACAAAGACAUAGACACUAAAGAAGAUCACGUUUUGUUGAAAAUGUUUAAUGAAAUCUCGAAGAAGUCUGUGGACCAGAACCAGAAUCUCGUCGACGGAAAGCUCAAUGACUUUGUGUCAGAUUUGCUGCAAAAACCAGAAUACGAUCUGUCGUUGGAUAUGAUAAACAAGGUCUCGAAGAACGAGCGCCUCAUCAGAACUCUUGUGGAUAUUGUCAGCGAAAACAAUGUCCCGAAGAAAGAGAUCAAAGUAUUGGAAAUUAAUUUCAAUAAAAAUAUUUUCGCCGAAGAGAUCGAUAAUUAUUUGGCGUCUGCGGCCAUAUAUCCGAUUGACGUCGACUACAAUAUAGCCGUCAAAUCGACUUCUAAUGUGAAGGAAGACGUGAGGAAGUCAUUCAAAGUGACCGAAUGGGACGUCGAGAAGUCGAGUUUCCCGGUGGACGUGACCCUGGCCAAUUUGGUCGUAUUCAACGACUCGCAAGAC